CUUGGAAGAAAACUUCAAAUUUUGGGAAUUCUAUAUAACCCAUUAAUACUGAAAACAACACCACCAUCCAUCAAGUUCCCUCUACAAUUAUAAACCCUCUCUCUCUCUCUCUCUCUCUAUCUCUCUAUCCAAUCUGUCUCUGUGGAGAACAAAAUACAGAAAAAUAGUGAUAAAAAUGGCUUCCUCUAGUAUUUCCUGGGCUGUUAUAGCCAUGGUUCUGGUACUGCUACCCUUUUCUUCUAUGGGUUUGUGGGAUGAUUUAGCUCCUACCAUUGGUGCGGAACUGUGUGAAGAAAUGGAGUGUGGAAAGGGAACAUGCAAAGUAGAUGGAAGCUCUCCAAUAGGCUUCAUUUGUGAGUGUGAAGCUAACUGGAAGAGAACUCAAGACGACGAAGACGAUGACGACCUUAGGUUUCUCCCUUGUGUCAUUCCCAACUGCUCUCUAAAGUACGACGGGUGCCAACCAGCCCCACCUCCAGUUCCAGAAAAAGAAGUUCCACGCAAUAUCUCUGCCUUUGAUCCUUGUUACUGGGCAUAUUGUGGGGAAGGAAAAUGCACAAAGAACAACACCGUAAGCCAUUCCCAUGUAUGUGAAUGCAAUUCAGGCUUCUUCAACCUUCUCAAUGUGACAGCCUUCCCAUGCUACAGCGAAUGUACACUUGGAUCCGACUGCGAAAGUCUUGGAAUUAAAGUUGCAAAUUCAAACUCCGGCAGUGAGAGUUAUGCCGCCUCAUUUCUUCCAGGAAAGUUUCAAUGGAUGAUGGCAUUGAUGAUGUCUGUGGCCAUAAUUCUGCAGAAGUAGUCUCAAAUUUCAUAAUUCAUUACAUUUAUUAAUUAUAGUUUCAGAUGUGUUGAUUUUUCCAUGCCAUUGUUUCAUUUGGUUUUCCAUAUAUUUUUCGUAUAAAGGCUUUAUCUAUAAAUAAGUUAAAAAUAUAGUCACAGGCUGAUGACUGUAUUCUAUAGCAUAGAAAUAUACUAUUCCAUGUAGACAGUAUGUAAUUAAGAGAACAGACGGUUGUUUUGUUUCAUUACUUUAUCAAUGGGUGUGCAUCAGUUUUGUUUU